AUGGUCAUGGUGAGUGACUCUAAAACGAAUAGCAGCGGCUUAGGCUACAAAAUUUCAUGGUCCAAGGUUCGCAAUUUUACUAUAUUGACCAUAAUAGUCAUCUAUGCAUUGUAUAAGCUUUUUACAGGUCAUGGAGAAGAUAUCAAUUUUGGUAAAUUUUUAGUGAAAACGUCUCCAUAUAUGUGGGCUAACCUCGGCAUAGCUAUGUGCAUAGGUUUAAGUGUUGUUGGAGCAGCCUGGGGUAUAUUUAUAACGGGGUCUUCUAUAAUAGGUGCAGGUGUUCGUGCUCCAAGAAUCACUACGAAAAAUCUGAUAUCUAUUAUCUUCUGUGAAGUUGUUGCCAUUUACGGUUUAAUUAUUGCAAUCGUAUUCUCAUCUAAGCUUACUGUCGCAUCUGCAGACACUUUGUACUCAAAAUCAAACCUCUAUACCGGCUAUUCUUUGUUCUGGGCUGGUCUCACUGUUGGUGCCUCCAACUUAAUCUGUGGUGUCGCCGUUGGUAUUACUGGAGCCACUGCCGCUAUAUCUGAUGCUGCUGAUUCCGCACUUUUUGUCAAAAUUUUAGUCGUAGAAAUUUUUGGUUCCAUUCUUGGUUUAUUAGGUCUAAUUGUCGGGUUGUUAAUGGCAGGAAAGGCUGCAGACUUUCAAUAG